CUUCUUCUCUCCCGUUGGAUCAUAACAAGAAGACAAUUCAUUCCUCUUCUGAUUUCUUAUCAUUUUCUUCUUUUUCUUUUUCUCUCGAGAUUUCACCAAAUUUCGAUAAAGACAAAAACCCUUUUUUAUUUUUUUUCGGACAAACUUAUUUUUGUGGGGAGCUGUAAUAAAAUCAAACUGGGGUUGUUUGUCGUAAAUCUUUGCCACACGAUCUAAUAAAAUUUUGGUUGGCUAUAGCAAAAAAAAAUUGGGAGACGCAGACAGGAAGGUGAAUAUGAAGCACUAGUUCUGUUGUAUUUGUGCAAAAUCAAUCAGAUUUAAGUGUGGGAGUUUGUGGAUGAAACAUCUUCUUUGUUUUUUCUGCAGCAAAGAACAUAAACGUUUUGAUGCCAAAUGUUUGGAUUCAGUGAGAAAUAGAGAUUGGUUUUUGGUUCUAUCCUUAAUAAUUAAUCAUGGUGGAGCCUUACGAGACACGUAACAACAACAACGGUGAAGCGUAUCAGAUGGUCAGGUAUCAGAGUUAUAACCAUCACAAUCCAAUGAUAUCAACAACAUCGUUACCAGCAUUGCCAUUGCUGGAUUUGAGAGUGUUCUACGUCAGAAUCAGCAACUUCAAGGUGGAUGAUUCCACACCAGAGGUCCUCACAAUCACUCACAUCCCUCUUGAUCCAGACUCUCUUCUUGAGAUCAACGGUGUGAGAAUGAGCAUCCACUCCGAAGGCGUUUCCUCUCAGCUAAGGCGAGACCGUGUUGAUAAGAAAACAGAGGAAGCCACUUUUAUCAGCACAGACAAUAUCAGGCUAUCUGGUAGUGUUAAGUUCGAGGUAUGUGACAAAGACGAGCUUGUUUUGUCUGGAACGCUGGAGAUGUCUGGUAGUAAUGGUUUCACAGGGGAGUCUGCUAAGCAUAGCGUGAAGCGGUGGGGAAUGAACUGUGAAGCUGAGAUCACUGCAGGGUCUGGUUUCUUGAAGGAGAAACACAUUGGUUGUUCCGAGUUAUCAUCUCCGUUGCCAAGUAUUGAAGUGUACGUCACUGGUUGCUUCUCUGGAACACCAAUCAUUCUAACCAAGACGCUUCAGCUUGGUUUCAGAAAGAAGCACAGUAGGACGAGUGCGUUAGAUUCGAUUCCAGAGUAUGAAAGCGGUGAAUCACAGAAAGGCAGCUCUUCUGAGCUUGAUUUUCAGGUGACAGAAUACGGAAGUUAUAAACAAGACUAUGAAGGAGAAUAUGGGGACAUGUAUUUGGGAAGAGAGUACGGAGAUGGUGAAGAUGGCGAAAUGUCGUGGUUCAAUGCGGGUGUGAGGGUUGGUGUGGGAAUUGGACUUGGUGUAUGUGUAGGUCUAGGCAUUGGGGUUGGCCUGCUUGUGCGUACCUAUCAAUCAACCACCAGAAACUUCAGAAGAAGGAUUAUCUAAUUAAUCUUCACUCAAAUCACCAUUAAGCUUAUUCACCUUCUCUUAACUCCCACUCCAUUGCAGAUCUCUUUUUUUGACUGAUAGUCUAAUUAAAAUACCUAAUCAUGCUGUGUAGCAUCAUAAUCUUUCUUCUUCGUACGUGUGUUUUCUUUAUCUUUGUUGCCUUCAAAAUUUUGAAAGGAAUCAUUGCCUUUAUGUUCUUGUUGUUUGUUGAGAUUCAGACUGAAAGAAACAAAGUUUGUUAUUGGGUAUUGCCUGCUUCAUGUAAAUAUAAAUGCUUUUGAGUGUAAA